AUGAGUUCUGAUGCAGAGAUGGCAAUCUUUGGAGAAGCUGCUCCCUAUUUGCGGAAGCCAGAGAAGGAGAGAAUUGAAGCCCAGAAUCGCCCAUUUGAUGCCAAGUCAGCCUGUUUUGUAGUAGAUGACAAGCAAAUGUAUGUGAAAGGUACCAUACAGAGCAAAGAAGGUGGCAAAGUCACCGUUAAAAAAUAUGAUGACACAACUGUGACUGUAAAGGAUGAUGAAGUCUUUCCCAUGAACCCUCCCAAAUUUGACAAAAUCGAGGACAUGGCCAUGAUGACCCACCUCCACGAACCCGCUGUGCUGUACAACCUCAAAGAGCGUUACGCAGCCUGGAUGAUCUACACCUACUCGGGUCUCUUCUGCGUCACUGUCAACCCCUACAAGUGGCUGCCGGUGUACAACCCCGAGGUGGUGACUGGCUACCGAGGCAAGAAGCGCCAGGAGGCCCCUCCACACAUCUUCUCCAUCUCUGACAACGCCUACCAGUUCAUGCUGACUGAUCGUCACAACCAGUCAAUCCUUAUCACCGGAGAAUCCGGUGCAGGGAAGACUGUGAACACAAAACGUGUCAUCCAGUACUUUGCAACAAUUGCAGUCACUGGUGAGAAGAAGAAAGAUCCUCAGCCCGGCAAAAUGCAGGGUACUCUGGAGGAUCAGAUCAUUCAGGCCAACCCACUGCUGGAGGCUUUUGGCAAUGCUAAGACUGUGAGGAACGACAACUCCUCACGCUUUGGAAAAUUCAUCCGGAUUCACUUUGGACCAACUGGCAAGCUGGCCUCUGCAGAUAUUGAAACCUAUCUUCUGGAGAAAUCCAGAGUCACUUUUCAGCUGUCUAGUGAAAGGAGCUAUCAUAUUUUUUACCAGAUAAUGUCCAACAAGAAGCCAGAGCUCAUUGAUCUCCUCCUCAUCUCCACCAACCCCUAUGACUUCCUCUAUGUGAGCCAAGGAGAAGUCACCGUUGCCAGCAUUGAUGACAGCGAGGAGCUGCUGGCGACAGAUAAUGCUGUGGACAUCCUGGGCUUCAGCCCUGAUGAGAAGGUGGGGAUAUACAAGCUGACCGGGGCUGUCAUGCACUAUGGGAACAUGAAAUUCAAGCAGAAGCAGCGGGAGGAGCAGGCAGAGCCUGAUGGCACAGAAGUGGCUGACAAGGCUGGCUACCUGAUGGGUCUGAAUUCUGCUGAUUUGCUCAAGGCUUUAUGCUACCCCAGGGUGAAAGUCGGGAAUGAAUAUGUAACUAAAGGACAAAAUGUCCAACAGGUGUACAAUUCAGUGGGAGCACUGGCUAAAUCAGUCUAUGAGAAGAUGUUCCUGUGGAUGGUUAUUCGCAUCAACCAACAGCUGGACACAAAGCAGCCCAGGCAGCACUUCAUUGGUGUCCUGGACAUUGCUGGCUUCGAGAUCUUUGAUUUCAACAGCCUGGAGCAGCUGUGCAUCAACUUCACCAAUGAGAAACUGCAACAGUUCUUCAACCACCACAUGUUCGUGCUGGAGCAGGAGGAGUACAAGAAGGAGGGGAUUGAAUGGGAGUUCAUUGACUUUGGCAUGGACCUGGCUGCCUGCAUUGAGCUCAUUGAGAAGCCCAUGGGCAUCUUCUCCAUCCUGGAAGAGGAGUGCAUGUUCCCCAAGGCAACUGACACCUCUUUCAAGAACAAGCUCUAUGACCAGCACCUGGGCAAGUGCAGCAGCUUCCAGAAGCCCAAGCCUGGCAAAGGCAAGGCUGAAGCCCACUUCUCCCUGGUGCACUACGCUGGCACAGUGGACUACAACAUCUCUGGCUGGCUGGACAAAAACAAGGACCCUCUGAAUGAAACUGUUGUGGGGCUGUAUCAGAAAUCAUCCUUGAAGCUGCUGUCCUUCCUUUUCUCUAACUAUGCUGGUGCAGAAGCAGAGAGUGAUAGUGCUGGUGGUGGUGGCAAGAAGGGUGCUAAGAAGAAGGGGGGCUCUUUCCAGACAGUGUCUGCUGUGUUCAGGGAAAACCUGAACAAGUUGAUGACUAACCUGAGAAGCACCCACCCUCACUUUGUGCGUUGCCUGAUUCCCAACGAGACCAAGACACCUGGUGCAAUGGACCAUUACCUGGUGAUGCAUCAGCUGAGGUGCAAUGGGGUUCUAGAAGGCAUCCGAAUUUGCAGAAAGGGGUUUCCAAGCAGAAUCCUUUAUGCAGAUUUUAAGCAACGGUACAAGAUCCUUAAUGCCUCAGCCAUUCCAGAAGGCCAGUUCAUUGACAGCAAGAAGGCUUCAGAAAAGCUUCUUUCCUCCAUUGAUGUUGACCACAAUCAAUAUAAAUUUGGCCACACCAAGGUGUUCUUCAAGGCAGGUCUCUUGGGACUCCUAGAAGAGAUGAGAGAUGAGAAGCUUGUGAGCCUCAUCACUCAUACACAAGCUAUGUGCAGAGGGUACCUCAUGAGAACUGAAUUUAAAAAGAUGAAUGAAAGAAGAGAGUCUAUUUAUAUCAUCCAGUACAACAUUCGUGCAUUCAUGAAUGUCAAACAUUGGCCAUGGAUGAAAUUGUAUUUCAAGAUCAAGCCCUUGCUGAAGAGUGCAGAGUCUGAGAAGGAGAUGGCCAACAUGAAGGAAGAGUUUGAGAAAACCAAGGAGGAGCUUGCAAAGUCUGAGGCUAAGAGGAAGGAGCUGGAGGAGAAAAUGGUGGCCCUGGUGCAGGAGAAAAAUGACCUGCAGCUCCAGGUUCAGUCUGAGAGUGAAAAUCUAGCUGAUGCUGAAGAGAGAUGUGAAGGACUCAUUAAAAGUAAAAUCCAGCUAGAAGCUAAAAUUAAAGAACUAAAUGAAAGACUGGAGGAUGAAGAGGAGACAAAUGCUGAACUGACAGCAAAGAAGAGGAAACUUGAAGAUGAGUGCUCAGAGCUGAAGAAAGAUAUUGAUGACCUUGAAAUGACUCUGGCCAAAGUGGAAAAGGAGAAGCAUGCAACAGAGAAUAAGGUGAAGAACCUCACUGAAGAGAUGGCAGCUCUGGAUGAAAAUAUUUCUAAACUCACCAAGGAGAAAAAGGCCCUCCAGGAAGCCCACCAGCAGACACUGGAUGACUUGCAAGUUGAGGAAGACAAAGUCAGCACCCUCACCAAAGCCAAAACCAAACUGGAGCAGCAAGUGGAUGAUCUUGAAGCAUCUCUGGAACAAGAGAAAAAGCUGCGAAUGGACCUUGAGAGAGCAAAGAGAAAACUGGAGGGUGAUCUGAAAAUGUCGCAGGAUUCCAUCAUGGAUUUGGAAAAUGAUAAGCAACAAAUGGAUGAAAGGCUAAAAAAAAAGGAUUUUGAAAUUAGCCAGUUGCAAAGUAAAAUUGAAGAUGAGCAGGCUCAAAGUUCUCAGCUGCAAAAGAAAAUUAAGGAGAUUCAGGCUCGGAUUGAGGAACUGGAGGAAGAAAUCGAGGCUGAGCGUGCUAUCCGUGCCAAGUCUGAAAAGCAGAGAAUCGACCUGUCCAGGGAGCUGGAGGAGAUCAGCGAGCGCCUGGAAGAAGCAGGAGGGGCCACAGCAGCUCAGGUGGAGAUGAACAAGAAGCGUGAGGCAGAAUUCCAGAAGAUGCGCCGUGACCUGGAAGAGGCCACGCUGCAGCACGAGGCCACGGCUGCCGCCCUGCGCAAGAAGCACGCGGACAGCACAGCUGAGCUGGGGGAGCAGAUCGACAACCUGCAACGUGUGAAGCAGAAGCUGGAGAAGGAGAAGAGUGAGCUGAAGAUGGAGAUUGAUGACUUGGCCAGCAAUAUGGAGUCUGUCUCCAAAGCCAAGAGCAAUCUGGAAAAAAUGUGCCGAGCUCUUGAAGAUCAGUUCAGUGAAGUCAGAGCCAAAGAUGAUGAACAUGUGCGGCUAAUUAAUGAUCUGAACACACAGAAGACACGCCUACAGACUGAGAAUGGUGAGCUUACUCGGCAACUGGAGGAGAAGGAGUCCUUGAUUUCUCAGUUAACUCGAGGCAAACAUACUUUCACUCAGCAGACUGAAGAGCUGAAGAGACAAUUAGAGGAAGAAAAUAAGGCCAAGAAUGCCCUGGCCCACGCCCUGCAGUCCGCUCGCCACGACUGUGACUUGCUCCGAGAACAAUAUGAGGAGGAGCAGGAGGCCAAGGGGGAGCUGCAGCGAGCCCUGUCCAAGGCCAACAGUGAAGUGGCCCAGUGGAGAACCAAAUAUGAGACGGACGCGAUUCAGCGCACGGAGGAGCUCGAGGAGGCCAAGAAGAAACUGGCACAACGCCUGCAGGAAUCAGAGGAGCAGAUUGAGGCUGUCAAUGCAAAGUGUGCUUCACUGGAGAAGACAAAACAGAAGCUGCAGGGAGAAGUGGAUGACCUCAUGAUUGAUGUGGAGAGGUCCCAUGCAGUCUGUGCAGCAUUUGAUAAAAAGCAGAGGAAUUUUGACAAGAUCCUGGCUGAAUGGAAGCAGAAGUACCAGGAGAGUCAGACUGAGCUGGAGGCUGCCCAGAAGGAGUCUCGCUCUCUCAGCACUGAGAUCUUCAGGAUGAAGAAUGCCUAUGAAGAAAUGCUUGACCAGGCUGAGACUGUCAGACGGGAGAACAAGAACCUCCAGCAGGAAAUUUCCGAUCUGACUGAACAGAUUGCUGAGUCUGGAAAAGCAAAUCAUGGGCUGGAGAAAGCAAAGAAGCAAAUUGAGCAAGAAAAGUGUGACCUACAAGCAGCAUUAGAAGAAGCAGAGGGCUCUUUAGAGCACGAAGAGGGGAAAAUCUUACGUGUUCAGCUGGAGCUGAACCAGGUGAAGUCAGAUGUUGACAGAAGGACUGCAGAGAAAGAUGAGGAAAUUCAACAGCUGAAGAGGAAUCACCAGAGGGUAUUAGAGUCUAUGCAAACCAUGCUGGAUGCUGAGGUCAGAAGCAGAAAUGAUGCUCUGAGGCUUAAAAAGAAGAUGGAAGGAGACCUGAACGACAUGGAAAUACAGCUGAGCCAUGCCAACUGCCAGGUAGCAGAGACACAGAAGCACCUUAAAGCUGUGCAAGGGCAGCUCAAGGAUUCCCAGCUCCAUUUAGAUGAUGCCUUGAGAGAGAACGAUGACCUGAAAGAGCAGCUCGCAAUAGUAGAGCGUAGGAACAGUCUGAUGACAACAGAAAUGGAGGAGAUGAGAGCUGCCAUGGAGCAGACCGAGCGAGCCCGCAGGGUUUCUGAGCAGGAGCUGACAGAUGCCAGCGAGAGAGUGCAGCUGCUCCACUCACAGAACACCAGCCUCCUCAACACCAAGAAGAGACUGGAAGUGGACAUAACCCAUUUACAGACUGAAGUUGAAGACAGCAUUCAGGAAGCCAGAAAUGCAGAGGAGAAAGCAAAGAAAGCAAUCACAGAUGCAGCCAUGAUGGCAGAAGAGCUGAAGAAGGAGCAGGACACCAGUGCCCACCUGGAGAGGAUGAAGAAGAACCUGGAACAGACAGUGAAGGACCUGCAGCUUCGUCUGGAUGAGGCUGAGCAGCUGGCACUGAAGGGAGGGAAGAAACAACUGCAGAAGCUGGAGGCCAGGAUUAACGAGUUAGAAAAUGAGCUUCAUUCUGAGCAGAAACGAGGAAUAGAAUCCCUGAAAGGAGCUCGCAAGUACGAACGGAGGCUGAAGGAGCUCACUUACCAGUCUGAAGAAGAUAAGAAAAAUAUUCUUCGGCUCCAGGACUUGGUGGACAAGCUGCAGUUAAAAGUGAAAGCAUACAAGAAACAGGCUGAGGAAGCUGAAGAACAGGCAAACAUCAAUCUCUCGCGAUGCCGCAAGGCCCAGCACGAGCUGGAAGAGGCCAAAGAACGAGCUGAUAUUGCUGAAGGGCAGGUUAACAAGCUGCGAGCCAAAAGCCGUGACAUCGAAGGCCAGUGUGUCCGUGUAUCCGUGGCUGUCUAUGUGUCUGUGUGUCCGUGUCCCUCUGUCCGUGUGUCCGUACCCCCAGCGCUGCCAAGCGCAGCUGCUCCAGUGCGGCGCGAGGGGGCGCUGCGGCACCGCCGGCCCGCGGGAGGUUUCUGUCAUCUUCGUCUUGUGUUUCACACCCUGUCAUCACAGCUGGCUGUUACCCAUGCUCCUGACUGGCCAUUGAACCUCCUGUUCACAUCUGGGGUCCUUUGUGCCAGUGAAAGCUCCCUGGCAUGUUGUUUGCUCGACGCCAGGCUCCAUGGCUACCUGCCACCCCUGGCGGUGGCUGGCCUGUCCUCCAGCACUGCACCGUCUGCUGAUCAGCAGGAGCGUGUGCUGAGUGAGGACAUGAGAUGGGAAUUAGGUGGGUUUGGCCUGCAGAAGGGAAGGCUGAGUGAUCUCAUUGUAGAGAUGCUGCUGCAAGGGGGGGAUAAGAAUUCCAACACAUCCAAGCAUUUCGUGCAAGUGCACAGUGAAAGGGCAAGAGGCAAUGGUCUCAUGUUGCCAACCAGCAAAAUCUUUCUCAACAAAGGGAGCAUGGGAGUACUGAAGCCUUGGGACAGGCUGCCCAAGGAGGCUGUAGAAUCUCCAUCCUUGGGAUUUCCAGGAUACACGUGGCCAAGACCCUGGAGUGACUUUAUCCAGCUUUGA